CCCCCACCCUGGUCACCGCCAACACUUGAGCACGGCGGGCUGUCAGGCUGGGAGCUCCGGAGCAGAGCUGGCUUUACACGCCAUCCCUUUUCCCACUGAGAGAGAGACCCGGGAAGGGCUCGGUUUGCUGAACGGACGGCGCUUCCCUCAGCCCACGCCGCUGCCCUCACGGCGCUGCCCUCACGGCGUUUCCCUCAGCCCGCCCCGCUGCCCUCACGGCGCUGCCCUCACGGCGCCCGCUCCUCCGCCCUCCCCGCCGUGUCCUCGCGCGGCCGCCGUAGCGCGCGCGUGUGCGCCCCGCGCGGCGCUGUCGCUGCGCAGCGCCCGCGUUCUUACAAUGGCUGAGGAUUUGAUAGCAGCGGUUGCCAGCCAGACAAAGAGACUCAACAGCAGCAGCGAAGUGGUUCAAAGGCUGGAAGAAAACGGGCAUCAGAACAAAAAGUUGAAGAGCGAUGCGGAUGAGGAAGAUGCAGAGGAUCAGAAUAAGAAGUUACCCAAAAGGAAGAUUGUGCUGUUGAUGGCAUAUUCAGGGAAAGGCUACCAUGGCAUGCAAAGAAACGUGGGAUCUUCACAGUUCAAGACAAUUGAAGAUGACCUGGUCUCUGCCCUUGUUCAGUCAGGGUGCAUCCCAGAGAACCACGGGCAGGAUAUGAAGAAGAUGUCUUUCCAGCGCUGUGCUCGAACAGAUAAGGGUGUGUCUGCAGCUGGACAGAUUGUGUCACUGAAGGUCAGGCUAAUAGAUGACAUCUUAGAAAAGAUCAAUAAUCAUCUUCCUUCUCACAUCAGAAUUCUGGGCCUGAAGAGAGUCACUGGGGGAUUCAACUCCAAGAACAAAUGUGAUGCCAGAACCUACUCCUACAUGCUGCCCACGUUUGCCUUUGCCCAUAAGGACCAUGAAGGGCAGGAGGAGCUUUAUAGGCUGGACAGAGACACCCUUGAAAGGGUCAAUCAGCUGCUGGCCUGCUACAAAGGGACACACAACUUCCACAACUUCACAUCCCAGAAGGGCCCCAGGGACCCCAGUGCCAAGAGGUACAUCAUGGAGAUGUACUGUGGAGAGCCCUUCGUCAGGGAAAACAUGGAAUUUGCAGUGAUCCAAGUGAAGGGUCAGAGUUUCAUGAUGCACCAGAUCAGGAAGAUGAUUGGGCUGGUGAUAGCAAUUGUGAAGGGUUAUGCUGCUGAGUCCAUCAUGGAGCGCAGCUGGGGAGAGGAGAAGGUUGAUGUCCCCAAAGCCCCAGGACUUGGGCUGGUUUUGGAGAAAGUACACUUUGAAAAAUACAACAGGCGUUUUGGGAAUGAUGGGCUGCAUGAGCCACUGGAGUGGACAGAGGAGGAGGAGAAAAUUGCUGUUUUCAAAGAGCAGUACAUCUAUCCUACCAUUAUCAACACGGAAAGGGAGGAGAAAUCCAUGGCAAACUGGCUAAAAACCCUCCCCAUUCAUGACUUCAACUCCUCUACUGUUGAGAUGCAAACUAACAACAAAACUGCAAAGAAGAGCAGCGACCUCGAAGGCAGCGACGGCUGUGGCGAUGAUUCCGACUGAGCCGGCAGGUGGCUGGACAUGGGACGCUCGCUGCUUGCAGUUCCCUUUGUCUACAAAAAAGUGGCCUUUCCAUAUCCAAGAAUCCAGUGAAACAGGAGUUGGUGUGCUUGCAGAAUGAGAACUGGGUGCCCAGGAGAAACUGGGUGGGGAAGACAGCGCAGUAGAAAAACCAGAAGUUUUUUAUACCACUGACUGAGUCACCUGACUGAUAUACUUGAAAACAGUGUAGUGGGAAAGCAGCUUUCUAAAAAAAAAUCUUGAAAUGCAGGAUAUCUUAACUGCUAUUUGAAUAAUGUUUUUAUUAUGUUUACCUGGAAAAUAGUAUUUUAAAUAUGUAUAAUCUCUACAUAAAGAUGGGGCGAAUCAUUUUAAUAUACUCUUUUUUACUAUGAAGUUAUGACUUCAUGAGCUUAUGAUUUUUUAAAAAUAAUUUACCUUUACUCAAACUGAAUCUCUAAGCUCUUAUUUUUCAUGUCAUCCGUGGUUUUCCUAUGGAAUAACAUGUAUGACCCUGAGAUUAACUCAGUUACGGUGUGGUGCUAAAAAUGCCAGGGUUGUGGAGUCAAUCCCUUUAUGGCCAUUCACUUAAGAGUUGGACUUGGUGAUCCUUGUGGGUCCCUUCCAACUCAGAAUAUUCUGUGAUUUACAAACUAUGGGUUAGAAACUCAUCAUGCUGACUGCUGUGAGCUCUUUUGGUUUUGAAACAAAUUUCUGUGUUUUCUAGAGCUUCGCAGGUCUAAAAGAAAUUAUUCCUUUCUCAGUGAGAGGGCUUCAGUUUGGAACAUGACCUGAGCCAUGCAUUCCAAGAUGAGACCUUUCCUGUGGGAGGUGCCAUCCUCCCAGCAUUGCCCUCGUGCUUGGGCAAGUUCAAGGGUAUAAAAACACAGCUCCAGGUGUAGUUGGGCCUUUGCUGGCUGAGAUGUAACCCCAAAAUCCUCUUGAGCCAUCUGCAGGAUCCAGAGUUGAAUUGACUUGGCAUGUGGGAAAGAAAUGGUGCUGAAUUCUCUGGGCUUUAAUCAGGGUUUGUGAACUCUUCAAUCCCAUCAAGCUCCUCAGAGCAGGGAAUGUCUGCAGUGAUAUGGGAGGCACAUGUCUGAGCAUUGCCAUCCGCUGGGAAUCAGUUUCAGUUUUCUGUGUUUUCAGGAAUUGCAUACUCUGGAGUUCAUGCUCCUUUUCCCCAUCAGUGAUUUAACUUCUGGUUCUUGUUUCCAGCUCUCUGUGGAGGUGGCAGAAGAAAUGACACCCUCCUGCCUUACCAGCCUGCAGAACACCAUUGAAGGGUUAGAACAAGACUCCAGGAAUUUGGGUAUUAGUACAAGUGCUUGAUACACUUCCCUUGCUGAGUCUCUGUGGAGACUUGCUUUUUAAUAUGGGACUACUGAAAAUGAGGAGUCAGCUCUUUGUUCCCACAUUUAGUGGUGUUUUGCCAAAGCCUUUAAUUUUAUGGUUCCUUCUGGAAUGAUUCUUUUGGUUUUGCAGGGUGUUUUUUUGGGGUUAGUGGAGAUUUUGGGGGAUUUUUUGGGGCACAACUUCCUUUAACAAAGGAUUCCCAUGUUCAUUUUAUCUGGGUUUUCUUUACAGCUUUUUAUUUUAUUGUGAAGGCCUUGCUCGAUUUUAUGAAAGCAAAUGUGUAGAAGUGCCCUGGAGAGGGUUUUUGCCUGGAUUUUCAUUUACAUCCCUUGCUGGUGCAUACUAUCGACCUACUGUGCUUUAUCUUCGAUCCAAAGCUCCGUUUCUCCACGCCUUUCAAUCUGAAAAAAACCCUACCUUUAUCCACUUAUAAUAAAAGCCCCAAAGCUGUGAUAUGUA